UUUUUAUUUUUUUUACCUCUCGCCGUGGACUUAAAAUAAUAACAAUAAUAAUAAUAAUAAAAAAGCGAUUAUCCAUCUCGGUGUGUACACACACAGACAUGUGCCCGUCUGUCUCUAUGGCCGUAUAAAAACAACCGCGGAGGAGAGGCGGACGCGGGCGGAUUCCUCUCGCGCCUCCGCUCCCAGGGAAGGGGAGCGUCGCCGCCGCCGCCCAGCAUCACCCCUCUGUGGCAAGAGACACCUGAAAGGAAAACUUCUGCAUAUCAAUGCACUGCCAAUGGUGGUGUAAUACCAGGGGCUGUACUGCUGCCACAUCACAAUUUUGUGGGGUUUCAGAGAGUAGUUCUGGGUUGUGUCCUUUGUUGUGACCUCAUGGUUUAACUGGGAAUAAAGAUGAGUAUAAGCAGUGAUGAGGUUAACUUCCUGGUUUAUAGAUACUUGCAAGAGUCAGGGUUUUCCCAUUCAGCAUUUACCUUUGGUAUAGAGAGCCAUAUCAGCCAGUCCAAUAUAAAUGGUGCUCUGGUGCCACCAGCUGCUUUGAUUUCCAUCAUUCAGAAAGGUCUGCAGUAUGUAGAGGCGGAAGUCAGUAUUAAUGAGGAUGGUACCUUGUUUGAUGGUAGGCCGAUAGAGUCUCUCUCACUGAUAGAUGCAGUGAUGCCUGAUGUGGUACAGACAAGACAGCAGGCCUACAGAGAUAAACUUGCACAACAGCAGGCAGCAGCUGCUGCAGCUGCAGCUGCAACAAACCAACAGGGAUCAGCAAAAAAUGGUGAAAAUACCGCAAAUGGGGAAGAGAAUGGAGCACAUACUAUAGCAAAUAAUCACACAGAUAUGAUGGAAGUAGAUGGUGAUGUCGAAAUCCCUCCCAACAAAGCAGUGGUGCUGCGUGGCCAUGAAUCUGAAGUAUUCAUCUGUGCCUGGAAUCCCGUUAGUGACCUUUUGGCCUCAGGAUCCGGAGAUUCAACAGCACGGAUAUGGAACCUCAGUGAGAACAGCACAAGCGGCUCUACGCAGCUGGUACUUCGACACUGUAUACGAGAAGGAGGGCAGGAUGUACCAAGCAACAAAGAUGUGACAUCCCUAGAUUGGAACAGUGAAGGUACACUUCUAGCAACUGGGUCUUACGAUGGCUUUGCGAGGAUAUGGACUAAAGAUGGUAAUCUUGCCAGCACCUUAGGGCAACAUAAAGGUCCUAUAUUUGCGUUAAAAUGGAACAAGAAAGGAAACUUCAUUUUAAGUGCAGGAGUGGACAAGACCACAAUUAUUUGGGAUGCCCACACUGGUGAAGCCAAGCAGCAGUUUCCGUUUCAUUCUGCACCAGCAUUAGAUGUUGAUUGGCAGAGCAACAACACAUUUGCCUCUUGCAGCACAGACAUGUGCAUUCAUGUCUGUAAACUAGGACAAGAUAGGCCCAUCAAAACCUUCCAGGGUCACACAAAUGAAGUAAACGCAAUCAAAUGGGAUCCAACUGGUAAUCUUCUGGCAUCCUGUUCAGAUGAUAUGACUCUAAAGAUCUGGAGUAUGAAGCAAGACAGUUGUGUCCACGACUUACAAGCACACAACAAAGAAAUUUAUACUAUCAAAUGGAGUCCUACAGGACCAGGAACAAAUAAUCCAAAUGCCAAUCUUAUGUUAGCAAGUGCAUCCUUUGAUUCUACUGUUCGGUUAUGGGAUGUAGACAGAGGAAUCUGUAUUCAUACUCUGACAAAACAUCAAGAACCUGUGUACAGUGUAGCUUUCAGUCCUGACGGCAGGUACCUGGCCAGCGGCUCCUUUGAUAAAUGUGUACACAUCUGGAACACACAGACAGGUGCCCUAGUUCACAGUUAUAGGGGAACAGGAGGGAUUUUUGAGGUUUGCUGGAAUGCAGCAGGAGACAAAGUUGGAGCAAGUGCUUCAGAUGGUUCAGUUUGUGUAUUAGACCUACGGAAAUAGCGCUACUAGUUGGAAGCCAUGGACCGACUAUGAAUGUGUACAUAGCCAAAAUGACUGUCCCUGACCCAUGUACUGCUAUAGUCCCAAUUGAACCAUGGCCAGUCCACUACAGCCAAACGUAAAAGAAAUAUAUACAUAUACUGUAUAUAAAAAUAAAAGAAAAAGUUACACCCUGAAGAGGAUGACAGAGUUUUGUCACAGCUUGUGAAUCCCAUUCACCAAGUGCUGGAAUCUGCUGUGCCCCAAAAUAACAUUUUAAUGUUUUGGAUAUGAAAAACAGAAGAGAGAGCGAGAGAGAGAGAAAUAUACCGUAUACAAGAGCAGACCCAUAUACAUACCAAAUUCAGAAGAUGUAAUGGCAGCCUUCAUUGCCCCUUUUCCCCUCUUAAUCCACUAUGACAAUGGAUUGUGGGGUAUCUUUUUUUUUUUAUUUUCCUUUUCAGUAGUUGAGCAGUUUGUGUGUACAGAGAAAACGGACUUACAGAAAUCUGCAGCAGUAGUUUUUUUCUUUGCUUUUAACCAUUGGGUUUUCUGUUUUGUUUUGGUUAAGUUUACGGAUGCAUGAAGUAAGGGAGUGAAUUAGUUUCUUGUUUGUUUGUUUUUUUUAUCACCUUGGAAAAAAAGUGUUUCUUUGAAACAUAUUUGAAUGCAUUCUUUGAGGAGGUAGAUUGAACCUGACGAUGUUUGGUACAUUUUGUGACUCCCAGAGCACAAUUUUGUGAACAGAAGGAGGGUGGAAAAGGGAUUAUGGAGAGAAGAAAAAAUCCUUCUUUGAGGCGUGAUAUUUCACGUCCUGCUCAUCUACCAAGUGUGACAGUAAUGGGUAAGACGCUGUGUUUUAUUUUCUGGUGACAUGGCUGGAAUGCAGUAGUGUCUUAUUUCGGACGUAAUUCUGCCAAACUAAAGGAUAGAAAGGCACAAAAAUACAGAAGAGAAAAAUACAGGGAUGCAAAAAAAAAAAAAAAAAA